AUGGAGCUAACCAACAAGCAACGUGAAGAACAAGAACGUCAAUUGCAACGUAUGCGAGGUGAAAAAGCUCAAAUCGAGAAACUGAUCGAAAAUCGCGAACGAACACAACAAAAUCGUAUCAAACAGUUAGAGAAUCAACUGGCUAUGAUGCGUGAACAACUCGAUAAUGAACGUCGCAGGCGACGCGAUUACGUUGAUCGAAGUUUAGCCGGUGAUAUCGGUAAGCUGGGUGGUGGCUUUUUGGGUUUACGCAAUUCGGGUAGUGCUGGUUUUGGGGGUGCUGGCGGUGGUAUGGGUGCCGGUGGUUUAGGUGGUGCUGGUGGCGGUAUUCAUAGCGCUGGUGGAAUUUUACCGCAUUUCGAUGCGGCGGCCGAUUACCUACCGGCUGGUGCAACGUUAGUUUUCGUUUCAUUCUCCCAUUCACAACCACAAAAAUCACACCUAACCCACUCACAAUUAAUCAACUCAACAUCUACAUAUAUCCAUCCCUUUCAGACAAAUAACUGA